AUGGAGUCUUUUAUAUCACAAACACUAAGCCAAGUAUUAGAUCCCACGACGGCUAUUCUCAUCGUCGUCUCACUUUUCAUUUUCACCGGCCUCGUCACACGACGGCGAAGGUCGUACCCACCCGGUCCACGUGGUUGGCCCAUCAUAGGCAAUAUGUUAAUGAUGGACCAACUCACUCACCGUGGAUUAGCCAACUUAGCAAAAAAAUACGGCGGUUUGUGCCAUCUCCGCAUGGGAUUCCUCCAUAUGUACGCCGUCUCAUCACCUGACGUGGCUCGACAAGUCCUCCAAGUCCAAGACAGCGUCUUCUCGAACCGACCCGCAACGAUAGCUAUAAGCUAUUUGACUUAUGACCGAGCCGACAUGGCGUUCGCUCACUACGGACCGUUUUGGAGACAGAUGAGAAAAGUGUGUGUCAUGAAGGUGUUUAGCCGUAAACGAGCUGAGUCAUGGGCUUCUGUUCGAGAUGAAGUGGACAAAAUGAUCCGGUCGGUCUCUAGUAACGUUGGUAAGCCUAUAAACGUGGGAGAGCAAAUUUUCGCUCUGACCCGAAACAUAACUUACCGGGCAGCGUUCGGGUCAGCUUGCGAAAAGGGACAAGACGAAUUCAUAAGAAUCUUACAAGAGUUCUCUAAGCUUUUUGGAGCUUUCAACGUGGCGGAUUUCAUACCGUAUUUCGGGUGGAUCGAUCCACAAGGGAUAAACAAGCGGCUCGUGAAGGCCCGUAACGAUCUAGACGGAUUUAUUGACGAUAUCAUCGAUGAACAUAUGAACAAGAAAGAGAAUCAAAACACUGUUGACGAUGGAGAUGUUGUUGAUACCGAUAUGGUUGAUGAUCUUCUUGCUUUUUACAGUGAAGAGGCGAAAUUAGUGAGCGAGGCAACGGAUCUUCAAAAUUCCAUCAAACUUACCCGUGACAAUAUCAAAGCAAUCAUCAUGGACGUUAUGUUUGGAGGGACGGAGACGGUAGCGUCGGCGAUAGAGUGGGCCUUAACGGAGUUAUUACGGAGCCCCGAGGAUUUAAAACGGGUCCAACAAGAACUCGCCGAAGUGGUCGGACUUGACCGACGCGUGGAAGAAUCAGACAUCGAGAAGUUGACUUUCCUUAAAUGCACACUCAAAGAAACCCUAAGGCUACACCCACCAAUCCCACUCCUCCUCCACGAAACCGCAGAGGACACGGAGAUCGACGGUUACUUUGUUCCCAAGAAAUCGCGCGUUAUGGUCAACGCGUUUGCGAUAGGACGCGAUCCGAAUUCUUGGGUCGACGCGGAAACGUUUAGACCAUCGAGGUUUUUGGAACCGGGGGUAGCGGAUUUCAAAGGGAGUAAUUUCGAGUUUAUACCGUUCGGGUCGGGUCGUAGGUCGUGCCCGGGUAUGCAGCUCGGGUUAUACGCGCUUGAGUUAGCCGUGGCUCAUAUAUUACAUUGCUUCACGUGGAAAUUACCUGAUGGGAUGAAACCAAGCGAGCUUGACAUGAGUGAUGUGUUUGGUCUCACGGCUCCUAAAGCCACGCGUCUUUUCGCCGUCCCGAGCACGCGCCUUAUUUGCGCUGUUUAA